ACUCAUUCUACGCGCAAUCAAUGCUUGUCUACGUGCGGGCUAUCUCCUGCUUCACGCCGAUCUUUCAUCUGCACAUUCUUUGCAUGGUUCUGUCUCUCGUCAACUUAUCAUCUGCAUAUUGGGGGGCCGAGAAGGUUUCAAAAUCGCCUCCGCUAAUCCCCUUCGAAUACUCGAACGCUCUGGUCUCGCAUUAUUAAACAUACGUCUGGGUCUGCAAUCCUGAAAUCCUGCUGGAUACUCUUCAUUAUCACAACACGCGGGCCCACCUACUCUAGAACUCCAUGUCCUGAUGCUCAUCAAUAUCGCUCGAAACGCUGCGCCACUCUGCUUACUAGUAUCUCGU